AUGGCCGUGUGGAAGGUUGUGGGCGGAGCCGACAAGGGCGGCAUCCUCGUCCGUGAAAGCUCGGACCUGUCCUCCGCCAUUCUGGACACCCGCUUGGCGACGGGCGCCACGGUAAAGGAAGUCCAGUGGCAAGAGGGCCGCCUUGGCUACGAGCUCGUCUCCGGCUCGGGUCCUGCCAAGGGCUGGGUGACCGUGAACCUCAAGGGCAAGGACCUCGUGGUACAGGUUGCAAAGGCUGAGGUGGUCGAGUCCACCAGUGAAGGCGAGAUGCGUGAGGCCGAGACGGCCAGCAGUGAGUCAGACGUGGCUAGCCCAACCGCCCCGGUGAGAAACGAGAAGGAGCCCUCGAGCGACGAGAAGGAGGCGCUGAAGCAGUACCUGGACAAGUUCGGUGAAAACAGGACGGGCUCCAAUCCUGGCUUCAACCGCAAGGCCUUCCCUUGGGCAGUGAACCAUGCGGCAAAGCGCACAACUCCCAAGGAGGCAAUUGAAGCCGCUCUCCUGGCACCGAAGCCAAAGAAGGAGCGCAAGUCGGCCCCAGUGGAUGUGGAUUCUGAGGGUGAGGAGGUACCCUUGUGCUGCCGAUGCCUGAUGCCCGUUGGGGAGUUUGCCUAUGAGGGUCGCGAAGGCCGCGGGAGCUGCGUGCAUGCAGAGUGUAUGGCACAGGUCCUGGUGGAAGAUGCCCAGAGGCAGGAAGACCGGCGCAUGGGCUGGGAAGCAGAGAAGAAGUUGAAAAGCCGCAAGGAGUUCGAGAUUGGCUGGGUCAUGGACAGCGUCCCCAAGAACAUGACGUGGGCAGAGCGCAUGGGCUGCAGCGCUGCUCCUCAGGGGCUGUGCUGCCUUGUCUUCGAUGAGGUGACCCGCACGGUCAAGGUCGCCCCGACUUUGGAGCCAGCUGCCUCAGUGAACUUGGAGUACCUUUUGCUGGCUCUGAAGGUGCGGAAAACCGCCAGCCGUGAGCCACUCUUCUCCCUGGAUCCCGUGGACCCCCAGAACCUGGAGAAGACGCCCCAGAAGAAGGUCUAUGAACCCAGCUGGCUGGCUGGCACCAGUGUGGGCGAUGUCAUGUUCCAGGCAGACUACUUCCUCAAGGAGCUUGCCCUGGGCGAGUACGAGAUGCCGGUUGCCGGCAUGCUGAGCGUCUUUGACUGGUCUGAGCUCUCCGACAAGGACCCGUGUGCGCGGCAUGCGGACAAGGCCUGGGCUGGGCGCGAGUGGUACGUGGUGAAGAAGGCCGAGGUGAGGUUGGCGCAGGACAAGACGCUGGUCCCUUUCGUGAAGAUGGGUGUGGAGGCCAGGGAGCAGGUGGUCACCAAGAAGGGCUUGGAGGAUGCUGCGGUCACGGCUUCCACACACCCUCUGAAGAAGUUUGCUGAUGCUUUCACGCGCAACUUCGACUUGAUUGCCGAGCGCAAGAGCGUGGUGUACCACGUCCGCGAGCUGGCCAAAGCCUCCGUCCUGGCGAAGUACUUGGUCGACUCUCACACACGCUUGGAUCCAUCUUGGUACCGCCUCGCGGACGAGAUUGUGAAGUCCACACCAAAGGAAGCACACCCAGAGAUCCCACAGCUGUGGAACAUGCGCGGCAACUCCCGCAUUCAGCUGAAGAAUGGCCGGCUCAUCGACAUGUUUACCGGUGGCCAGAAAAGCCUGCAGGCCAUCUACGGUGGCGUGGAGUUUGGGCUGGACCGGUUUGAGCUGGCACAGCGCCACGCCCUUCAGGGCCAGACGGGAAUGCAAUUGGGGCAGUCGGGCCGACCCAUGUUCAUGCCCCAGCGCUUCCAGCUCGGACAGCGGGCAGAGAUGCCGCAGGGUGUGGACCUGAACUUGGACAAGUUCGACCUGACCAAGCCAGAGCGUUUUGCUGGCAGCCUGCCUCCAUGCAGCGGGGGCCCAGACUCCUUGGAAGCCAAGGUGACAUUGGGACGGGCUUUCCUGAAGAGCCUGCGGGAGCGUGACUUUGACGAGCUCAAGACAGAGUACAAAGAGCUGCUGGUCAAAGUCUUCGGAUCGCCCCAGUGCGACCGCACGGGCGAGGGUGAUGCCUUCAUCCCUCCUGAUCCCAACAUGGAGUACGCUGCCAAGCUGCGAAGCCUCAUCCACGAGGAGAAGUCCCUGUUCGAGCGCCGCAAGCUGCGCUUCUUCGACCGCAGCUUCAAGGAGGGCAACCCAGGCACCGACUUCCCACGCUCGUGGACGUCGCGUUUCCAGGUCGAGAAGGACGGAGUGGCACCCAAGACAGAGGUGUCCAACAAGUCCGGCUGGACCAAGGUCGAGUUCGAUGACGCAUUCCGCAAAGUUCUGGUCUCAGACAUUCUGCCCACGGCCGCGCCCGAGUUCAAGCAGACCACCGAGGACGGAACAGUCUUCCGCAUCUACCAGAUUGGCAGCCUUGAGGUGCGCACGACAGAGGAGAACUUCGGAGAGGAGCAAGUGGGGGUACUGUUCUCGAGGUCUGCGCCCACUUGGAGCCUGACAUCCAAGACUACAUCCCAGAACAUCUCCGACAAUGAGAAGAUCCAGGACUGCAAGGUGUACCUGGAAGCCGCAGAAGGCGAGGCGAACGGCAACAAGCAGUCGCACCACUUCUACAUGGUCUGCCAAACCGCCAGCAAGAACGUGAUUGUCACCGAGAAGCUGGCCAGCGGAGCUACUACGUGCGUGGUGAACCCUGCCAACUUGGAAGACCGGAACUCCUUGGCCAAGCUGCUCUUCACUGCCGACUGCCUCGAGCAGACCACUGUCCGAUCCUUGAAGACGCUUCAGGGCAACAUGAGCCGCACUGUGCCAGGCGGUGCGAAUCUGUCUACCCGGAAGCAGUACAUCAAGUCGGCCUUCAAGCAAGCCACCGGCAAAAGCUUCCAGGGCAAGUGGGGCGGCUUCAUUCGGCGGUACUCCGGCCCGGCCGUAUUCCUUGGCCGCACGCCCCUCAUGAUGCCAAUGGACCGCAACACAGGCCUCCUGAACGGGACGUGGACCUCGAAGAAUAAGUUCGACCUCCUCCACAUGAAGGCGAGCAAAUGA